AACGAAAAAAAAACAACUUAAAUUGUCAUUGUCAUUGUCAAAGUCGUAUGAAGCCUUCGGAAACGAAGGCGCCAAAUUCUAUUCAUGAAUGUUAUUUUGUAUUUUACUUAUAAAGUAAUAAGGUCAGGUGUUAAGUUCCUCGUCAGCAAGUAUUUAAAUGCUUUAAGGCAUUAAAAAGUUAAAAUGUGAUUGAACACAUGAAACUUGUCGAAUAUUUCAAAAUGCAUCUUAACGAAGAACAUACAAUUUGCACAUGAUACGUAAGGUAUAAAAAUACUAUCUACGGCACAUCUUAACCAUUGUAUAAAGUUAUGUCAAUUUGUUUGGAUACUGUUUUUAUCGAAGAAGCAAAACAAGAAGCCGAAUCGUUUAAAAAUAUCAUAAAGCGCAAGGAUAGAGCUGUGUUGAGAUGCAGGAACAUUUUAAAGCCGAAGUGUGACGGAACGCUUAAGAGAAAACUUAAAAAGUACAAGCUCAGGAAAGAUGGAGUGGAAGAUCAAGAAAUUAUAGAUGUAUCACAAACAUUCAUUACUUCAUUAAUCAUCAAGUCACCUAAUAACGAAAUGAGUACCACUACUGGUGUAAAAAGUAACUUAAAGCCGUCCAGAGUCAAGCAAAGUUUUAUAAUGCAUAGGCGAAAAAAAGAUUUGCACACAAAACCUGAUGAGCUUGAUCCAAAAACUAUAAGUCCUACACAUUCUCUAGAAUCUAAAAAUCAAACAGAUGCAUUUAAAGUUCUAAUGGAUUCACGCAAUAAAGUAAUAGGAUCUAAUUCACCAGGCAAAGAAAGGAUUUUAGAUGAAAAUGAAUUACAAGAAGUUAUUGAAAAGAAAGAGCUCAAAGUUAGAAGGACUUUGUCACUGAAAAAAAUGGCUCAGGCUAAAGGGGCCUUACAGAAGCAGGAACAGGAGGAAUCUAGAGAAAAAUACCUUAAAAAAGAAAUGGCAAAAAGAGCAGAAAGGCUAAGAAAUAUGAUAGCAAAACCUGAUUCAAAUUCAAGUAAAAAUGCCCAUGAGAAGUCCCUUCCUGAGCCACAAGUUGAUAAAUUGAAUCAACCUCUGAAGUCUGAAAAUGGUGUUAAAAAGAUAAGCGAAUCUAUUAACAAUUCUAAAUCAUUUCCUAAAUCUAGUUUGUCAGAUAGUACUCUUACUAAUAAUAUAUCUAAAGAAGAAGUGGAGUUUUUGAACAUAUUGUCACCGUCCAUUAGAAAAAAAGAAAAUAUGCUUUGUUAUUUCAAUGUAGUCACAAAAGAAAUUGAAUGUGAAUCUGUUGUUAAUGAAAGUGAUAAUGAUAGGGUAGAUGAACAAGCAAUUAUUAAAGUGAAAAUUACAUCGAAAAGUAAAAAGAAAAAGAAACAAGAAAAGAAUAUUGAUGAUAUAACUCCAGUUUUGAUUAUUGAUAGUAAUGAUGAUACACAAAAUGUUAUAUUACCAACUAAUAAAAUUGAGUGUAAGGAAGGUGACAGAAAAAAGCGAAAAAGAAAAAAACAUGUCAAUGAAAGUGAACUUGCUAGCUCUCUGGAAGUGUCAUCAACUGAUUCUAGACCUAAAAGAAAUAUCAAAAAACCAAUUAAGUAUGAGGAUGCUGUAUCAAGUUCAGAUGAAGAAUUCCAUAUUUUCACACCAAAAAAGAAAAAAGGCUCAAUAAGUAAUAUUGAACAAAUGAAAAUUAUUAGCAAUGAAGAUACACUAGGAGUGAAGAAUAAGACAACUAAAUGUAUAGAACAAUAUCCAAAUAAAACAUCUAAAAAAAAGAAUACUACCUCAUCAAGUAUACCAGUUAAAAAGCCAUUAAAAUUAGCCCCAAUAUUUACUCCGAAACCUCAAUUGACUGCAGAGGAGCUAAAAGCUAAACAAGAAUUUCUUCAUAGUGGAAUUCCAAAUCAUGUAAAGAAAAACAAUAAACAACAAGUGACUAGGACAUCAAGUAGUAAUAGUUUUCUACCAGUGGUUCAUAUUCAACAGAUUGAACUAAAUCAUGAUACAAAAAGCACCAUACUUUCAUUACCAUUGUUAGAUUCCGACCUUGUAAUGGACAACACUAAUAUAUCAUCUGAUUUCUAUAAAAACUUACUAAUGUUAAACACUAAUAAUGAGUAUGUUAAUACAUUAGACAUUAAAAACAAUGUUAAAACAUUAUUAAAAACAAUGAAGAACCAGUAUUCAAAAUUUCCUGUUUACCGCACCUAUAAUUCUUUAAAAGCUAAAAGUAGAGGAGAAAUUGGAGAGCCACAUUGUAAUUAUUUAGAUAAUAGUGUUGAAAUAAUCAAUGGUAUAUCAGAUGCAUGUAGUGACAAUCCGGAUAAAUUAAAAUGGACAGAUAAAUAUAAGGCAACAUCAACAAAACAAAUAAUAGGAAACUUCGAAAGUAUUAAAGAACUGAGGAAAUGGUUGAUAUCUUGGACUGAAAAUUAUGUACCAGAACAGAAAGAUUCCGAUUCAUCUGACUUUUGCUAUUCAGACACUGACAGCGGAGAUGUUAAAAGAAUGAGGAACAAUCUGCUUAUUUUGACUGGAAAGACAGGUAGCGGAAAAACAUCCAGUGUUUAUGCUGUUGCAUCUGAGUUAUCAAUUAAAGUUAUUGAAGUUAAUGCCAGUAGUAAAAGAACAGGUAAAAUAAUGCUGCAAGAUUUACAGGAAGCAACACAGUCCCAUAAAGUAAACAGACAGAGGGAUGGCAUUGAAAGUUCUCAGAAGUCAGUAGAUGUUGAAGCUAACAUACCACAGAUUAAAAAACGUGGGAGACCUAAAAAGCAGACUCUUGAGAAUUUAUCUCAGAAGUCUAUUUCUUCAAAGAAAGACUCAAAUAGUGAACCAUUUUCAAGUCAAGAAAGUAUGAGGACUGUUAUGUCUCUUAUUUUAAUUGAUGAUGCUGAUAUAGUUUUUGAGCAAGAUGAUGGAUUUUGUUCUGCAAUAGCACAACUUGUGCAUAGUUCUAAACGCCCAGUUAUUUUAAUAGCUGAAUCAGUGAAUUGUUCCCAUCUGCAAAAAUUCUUGAAAUACAGCCAAGUUAUAAAUCUGCAACCUUUCCUACCCAGAAUGCUUGGGACAUGGCUAGAUAUUAUGUGUUUAGCUGAUAGUAGCAUUUGCUAUCCUGGUUUAGGAGCUAAGCUUUUAGAUUUUUUUAAAGGCGACAUAAGAAAGACAAUAAAUUGUUUGCAAUUCUAUAUGACAUCACAUAGGCAUAUUUUAAAACAAGAAAAUGCAUCUCAAGGAUAUGAUUUUAUAGAGGCAGGGGAUGAUGAAGGUUCAAGUAUGUCAUGGGCUGUUAAUGAGGAACUUGAAGAUAGAGUUACAAGUUCUAAUAUAAUUUGUAACUCAAGUUUACAAUAUUUUAUGGAUAAGCAGAUAAAUUUGCAACAUCCGUUACCAUUCCUUACAUUUAAUGUAUGGUGGACUUUACCUGAACUUUUAAAUUUCAACCAUGAUAUAGACAAAUCUUGUAGAAAGGAAAAUGAGAAACAAAAUGGUAUAUUGAAAUUAGAAACAGUAACAUCAGUAAUAGAUACCCUUUCAGUUCUUGAUAUGUUCCAAAGUAGGACAGGAGAUUUAAAUGCUGAUAUUACGUCAAACCCAUGGUUCUCUCCUGGAAGCGAUAGUUUGAUUGAAAACGAAAAUUUUGGGCACUAUGAUAGAAAUUAUGAUGUAACACAAGAUAUAUCACAAUUUUUGAUGACUAGCAACAUUAAGCAUGCACAAAGAGUUUUAAAAUAUGAGCAGAGAACUGAUGUAGAGUUUCCUUCUAUGAAUUUGCAAAGAGAUCGUGACAAAAUAUUACAUCGACAUAAAAGCUUGACUAGUUAUUUGAACCCGGCAGCUGUUUUGGACCGUAGAUCAGUUGCUUUGGACUAUUGGUCAGGUUGUCGUAGUAUAUGCAGAUCGGAAAGGUCCAAAACUGACUUAAGUAGUAAAAGAAAUAAUAGAUUCUGUCAUUACCUUAAAUCGUUAAAUAUUUUGUGUAACAAUGAGUAUUUAGAUAAGUUGGGUGAUAGUUUAUGUUGUGAAAAACAUUACUGAUUUAAUUAGUUAAUUAAUUUUCUGUUAAUCUCUAUUCUAAUAAUUUUUCUUUAAUUUAUCUUGAAAACU